GCAAGAGGCUGCGGUGACAGAGAGGCAGCACUUCCGCCAGCGCCCGCUGGAACUUGGCUUAGGAGAGGACGAGCUUCUGCUGUUCCUGGGCCGUGAGCGGACCAAGGAGGCCCGGCGUACUGGGGACUUGCACGGCGGCUCCACUUCCGCCAGCGCACAGCGUUCCGAGGCCACUGCGACCGCCUUACUCGCGGCACGACAUGCUGCGGUGCAGCGGCGCCUGGCUCUCGAGCAGCUGAGGAGUGAGCAGCUGCACUCUGCCGAGGAAUUCGGCCAGCUGAGGGACCACCUGGAAGCUUUGAAGCGCGAUGCGGUCAAGGCCGCCCAGCUUGCUCCGCACACAGCCACAGAUCUGGCAUUGUCCUUUGCUGCUGCUUUGGUCCGACGCAAGGAGCUGCUGAAGAAACUCGGAGAGGCGACCUGGGCUCGCCAGGAGCUGCUGCGAGCUGCCCACCGCCGCGAGCAGCUCCUGAGCUGUGCCCUUGCGGAGCCUCUGAGAGCGGAACUGACGGACUCGGGCCAAGUGACCGCCACGGCUGCGCCUGCAGCCGUCUUGGUCAUUGCCGAAACCGUGGACGCGUUUGGCUAUUCCUCUAGCCAGUCCUUGGCUGGCCGCGUGCGGAAUCUGGCUGACCGGAACGUUGAGCUCUGGAAG